AUGGCGGCGCGGGGCCGGUGCCCCGAGUGCGGCUCGGGCUCGCUGGUGGAGGACGCGCACUACGCGCAGCAGCAGCUGGUGUGUGCCGCCUGCGGCUGCGUCCUGUCCGAGGGGCUCCUCACCACCACCUACACCGACGAGGAGCAUCUGAGGGAGGUUGCCUAUUCCCAGAGCACCGGGCAGAAGGAGCAGCUGAGCCGCUGCCUGCAGCGAGGCAUCCGGCGGGUGCAGGACCUCUGCAAGGUGCUCAAGCUGCCAGCAGCCUUUGAGGAAACGGCUGUGUCCUACUUCCAGAGGGCUCUGGAGCUGCCUGCCUUCCACCUGGUCAGCCUGGAGAAGAAGGAGCUGCUGGGGGGGUGCUGUGUGCUGGUGACGUGCCGGCAGCACCGCUGGCCGCUGACCAUGGGCACCGUGUGCUCCCUGCUCUAUGCCAAGCAGGAGCUCUUUGCCAGCGUCUUCCUGAGCCUGCAGAGGGAGCUGGGGCUCUCUGUGCCCGCCCUGAGCCUGGCAGACCUGGUGACAACACACCUGAGCAGCUUCCGGCUGGUCCAGCCCAGUGCCAACAUCCCUGGGCCCUUCCUGGAGGACAAGGAGCAGCUGGUGGCCCGGACCAUGGCCAUUGUGGAGCUGGCCAGUGCCACGUGGCUGGUGACCGGGCGGCACCCGGUGCCCGUGGUCACGGCCGCGGCGUUCCUGGCCUGGCAGUCCCUGCGGCCUGGCCCGCGCCUCUCGUGCCCCCUGGCACGGUUCUGCCGCCUGGCAGGGGUGGAGCUGCCCCCUCCAGCCCAGCUGAGGCUGAAGGAGCUGCUGGAGAUCCUGCUGGCGAUGGCCUCCCAGCUCUCCUGGCUGCGCGGCUUCCGCCUGGACAAGAAGACGGUGGUGAAGCACAUCGGGGACCUGCUGCAGCACCGGCUGCUCCUGCUGAAACGCGCCUUCAGCCAGCAGGAACAGCAGGGCACGGGCCUGGGCAUGGGCUCUGAGAGCCAGGAGUGCCAGGGCUCUGAGAGCCAGGGCUCUGUGAGCCAGGAGUGCCAGGGCUCUGAGAGCCAGGACUGCCCAGCCCAGGGUCCCCCCAGCUCUCCCUGGGCAGGGCAGCAGCAGCAGAGGGGUGCCCUGAGGCCCCUGCUGCCCCCCUGCCUCCUCCACCCCAGGAAGAGGCUGCGGGCGGCGGCCCCGAGCGCUGCGGGCGCGGCCGUGACGGGCGAUGAGCCCAUCUCAGACAGCGAGAUCGAGCAGUACCUGAGGAGCCCCGAGGAGAUCAGAGCCUUCAGGAGGGCCAAGGCUUGGUCCUGA